ACUGGCAGAUAGCUACUCUUGCUUUGCUGUUGGGUGGUGCUGCCAUCAUUCUCAUAGCUUUCCUGGUUGGGUUGAUCUCUAUCUGCGUGGGAUCUCGGAGGCGGUUCUACAGACCAGUUGCAGUCAUGCUCUUCGCUGUAGUUGUUCUUCAGGUGUGCAGCUUAGUCCUUUACCCAAUCAAGUUCAUCGAAACGGUCAGCUUGAAAAUAUACCAUGAGUUCAACUGGGGCUAUGGCCUGGCUUGGGGUGCAACUAUAUUUUCAUUUGGGGGUGCCAUUCUUUAUUGCCUGAACCCUAAGAACUAUGAAGACUAUUACUAGAGUCAUUUAAUGAAAAGAAAAAUAACAAAAGGAUUACCCCAUCUUUUCUAACUCACAGUUUUUUAGAACACUUGUGGAGCACCAAACAGUCUGCUCUAUUGAUAAAAUAGCCUUUGCCUUUUGGGUGUGAACACUAUAACCAGCUUUUACAACCAUUUAAAAGAACUGCAAACACUAGGAUUGCUGAUCUUACAUAGGCAUAUGCUGCAAGCUGCUGAUACAUAAGCUUCAUUUUUCCUGACAACAAGCAAAAGGAUCUACGUGACAGCGAUCAUUGUGAGAAAACUAGUUGGAAUGAGAAUGCAAUGCCAACAUCUGCUGUUGCCUUCAGGGGAGCAGCUGGUAUAGGCUCCAUUUAGAAGUUUCCCUGUAUGAUAGAGGAUUCAAAUAUCUGAUAAGCAGGCAAUGGCAUCUUGUACAAUAGGCUGUGUUGGUCCCUUGUUACUUGCUCAAAAAAGCUCUUAAGGAAUUAGUUGCAAGUGACUGUGUUGAGGGCAGCGAAUGUAACUGGUUAAUGACUUGUCUAAUGGCUGCAUUCAACAGUCUUCUGGAAGAAUGAUUUAAAAAAAAAAA